AUGGAAGAAUAUUUCGAUAUUCCAGUAUCAAUAAACGACGACUUAGACAGAAAAAUUGCUGACGCGUUCCUCAUUUUCGAUCAUCAUGGACAAAAGACAGUAGAUGUACGUGAAAUUGGCUCAAUCUUAAGAUAUUUGGGGAUGGUUCCAACAGAACAAGAAGUUUCUGAAACAAUCGCCGAAACUGAGUUUGCAGGAGAUGCAAGUGGAACUGUUCAUUUAUCAAAAUUUCUUCCUUAUGUCAAAAAUUUACUUCUUGAACGUCGAAUGGAACCAGCACCAAUUGAGAAGCUGCUAGAAGCAUUUCAGGUACUUGAUUUUGAGGGUAAGGGAUAUGUCACUAAGGAUUUUAUGGCUAGAAUUAUGAUGGAAGAGGGAGAACCUUUUAGUCUUGAGGAAUUAGAAGAAAUGUUUGGAUGUGCUGUCGACUCGUCCACAAAUCGUAUAUCCUAUGAAUAUUAUUUAAACCAGCUUAUUCAUGACAUCUAA